AGAAGCUUCCCACUUGACCAGCUUUCUAAGAAAAAUAUCUCAAGUUUUUGACUUUUUGAUCGAAGAAAAACAUAUACAUAUAGUGCUUCUUCCAAACUGGCUUACACACUCAUCUGCCGUCUACAUCUUCAUCGAAACGUCCCACCGAGCCAAAGCUGCUUUCUUUGAACAUCUCGGGCUAAAGAAGUACUACUGACCAAGCUUGUGUGAAGAAGUUCCUUAACUUUCAUGGCACUUCACCAAUACAUUGCUGGGGAUUUGAAAACCAUAGAAGAAACUGUGACCGAGACAGAAAACUCUAAUGGUUGUUUUGACUGUAACAUCUGCUUAGACUUUGCACAUGAUCCAGUGGUGACCCUAUGUGGCCACCUCUACUGUUGGCCGUGCAUCUACAAGUGGCUUCUCGUCCAACAUGAUUCUCUUACAACCGCUGAGCGCCCUCAGUGCCCCGUUUGCAAAGCUGUUAUAUCCAAUAGCACAAUGGUUCCACUCUAUGGCCGUGGCCAUUCCACAGCUGAAGGAAAAACAUCUUGUGAUGUUUUGAUACCUCCAAGACCACCAGCUUCAUGUGCUCAAGUUCUUGUGGCAGCACCACCUCGAAGGGGUCAGCGUCUUCCAUAUCGUAAUCCUUACCAAGGUCACUAUUUCAGCUCUCGUCCUUACCAAGAAGAGGACGCCACUCCUCAAACUCUCAGUCUUGGAUCGCACCACUACCCUGUGACUGGAAUGUUUGGGGAGAUGAUUUAUUCCAGAGUGUUUGGCAACCCAGAAAAUUUGUAUGCAUACCCCAAUUCUUAUCAGUUCAUGGGAAGUUCUACCACUAGAUUGAGAAGGCAAGAGAUGCAGGCACACAAAUCUUUGAACAGAAUCUCUAUUUUUCUCUUUUGCUGCUUCCUUAUCUGUCUUCUUGUCUUUUAAGUGAACUUCAGGAUCAUCUUCCCUCUAUAUAUCUAUUGUAUACGUCGCAAAAUGCAAGUUUAAAAACUUGCUAGAUUCAUUGAGUGAAUUAUCACAGGCUAAAGUGUUUGAGAGUUUAUAUUACUCUAAACUCUGCACCUAAACUCUGUUAUACCAUCAUUUUUUUCAAACA